AUGCCACCAGGAAAGCAAAAUGCUCGGAUGUCUCGUGCCAACGGCGCAGGCGAAGAUAAUCGAACGAUUGCUGAGAAGUUAGCUUUAGGAUCUGAAGUGAAAGAAUUAAAAAUGGGCCGCAGUUUCAUGAAUGAUAAAUCUGUAUCAUUCCAUACUUUGCGGUAUGACUUCAAGCCAGCUAGUGUCGACGUUUCAAAAGACGCAGCUGUUGCGAUUGAAGAAAAUCAGAAAGUGACCGUAACAGUGCCCCAUGUAGAUGGUGCAGGCACUCCCCAUACAGUAUAUAAAGGCUCAUACCGCCCUUAUCAGAAAGAAUGUGUUCUGAUAAUUGAUAGAAAAACCGGAAAAGUGACACUGGAGAAACUGAGCAGUAAUUUACAAUUGAAGAAAACUCGCUCAGAGACAGAAGGUUUUAACAAGAGAAGCAGCUUGUUGCGUGCACAGCAGAUGGCUUCUUCACUAUCAACAGUUAUACCACGUCAUUCACCAUUGCAUCCAUCGCCAUCACAUCAUUCACGUAGUCCAACCCAGACUUCAAAUCAAGCAGCAUCAGCAGCAAGCAGUUUACCACUUAUUGGUCUGGAUGAAAUUACUGAUACAGUCUCCCCACCAGCACCCUUAUCUUCUCAGCAGGAAAACAUGGGCCAACAGUCAUCGCUCCCCUCGCUUUCCGAGUCAUCAUCAAGUGACAGUUCUCCAGAUCAGUCAGACAGUGAAACGGAGACUAAGCCUUCGGCUGGUCACCAAUCUUUUCCUAGUGGUGGUGGUAAUAGUACCAAUGGACAAUUUUCAGGGUUCUCCAAGAUUCUGAAUGAGGAUUUACAGCUGUCAGAAUCAGGUUCAGAUGACUAA